UCCCACCAACUCUGCCCUCAUCAGCUGAAACGCAACUUCCACUGCCCUUGUCGUCACCAGCCUUGCAGCAUCCACUGUUUCUUCCUCCUGGCAAUGAUCAUCUGCCCCAUCCUCAUCAUGAAGAUGAUGACUCGCUUCAUUUGGACGCACUAGAUGAUCCGUUGCAACACAAGGAGGGCAAUGAGAAUGUUGACGCCGAGUUGAAUCUGCCUGACACUCUUACCCCCGUGCUCUGCCCUGCCUAUUGCAAUAUGUCUGAUGAGCUGACGUGCUUAUCUCCUUCAAGGCUGGCGACCAUUCCAGAGGAAGACACCUUGGACCAGAUGGGCAUUCUCGAUGUACAAGGCGUAGCUUCAGAAGGCAGUGACCAUUCUGAGGUCGUUUGUUCAGGUGACAAGCAUCCCACUAAUAGCUCGCUAACCAAUGAACAUGAGGAACUGGAUCUGAGUCCAGUUGGUGGUGUCCUUACAAGUGGGAGCGAGAAUUUACAUGAGGCUCUCCAGACAACGUCGCUCUCCACACUGCUUGAUGAAGCAUCCGAAAUUGCAAGCGGUCACGAGAUAACAUGUGCUUCUCCUUCACGGCUGGCAACAAUCCGAGAAGGAGAAUGCCCAAACCAAACUGGAAGUGCCUGCCUAAUUGACAUGGUCCUUAAUGAUGUUGAUUUAUCUAAGACCCUUGGCAAGGAUCAGGAGGUUUCUGCCAAUGUCUUGCUAGCAAGUGAAAAUAAGGGCUAUGUCGAUGCUGUUGUACUGACCCGUGAAAACGAGGGUCUCCAUGAGGAUUCCAUUGAUGCUGCACGAACUCGUGAAACUGAGGAAGUUAAUCAUGUGAGCUUGAGGGUACCAAUAACUUUUCGUUUCUGCCGAUGGUCUAUUCCGUCACUGACCAUCAACCUUCAUACUUCAGCAGCCAACCUCAACAGUUUUGGCAUGCCAAGUGCUUGAUGCAGAAGCCGACAGCAUAAAGGGUAUGGUUCAUGCUCUGAGGUGUCUCCAUAUUAUGAAAGCAGUUCACUUGUCCGCUCAAGCUUAACCACCAUGCAGAUAACGGUCAAUCAUCUUUGUUAAACCGGACUGCAAGCUCAGAACCGCGGCCAGUUCUUUUGCUUCCGGAAAAGGCGGACAGUGUGGAAAAAUCUGAUAUGUUCUUUACGAAUGAUACAUUUUGUGCUGGUCGCUGCUCGUCUGACGAGAGUGCCAAUUUAUAUGGAGAUAUUGCUGAGAAUGUGACGACUGAUGACGACAAGGUCUGUGAGUUGAGCUAUCCCCUGGAUGUUCAACAGCCACCUAAGCCAGGUAUGUUCACAAUCACGUUGUGCCAGCUGAUUCAGAAUGUCAUGAUUCAUAAUGGCAAUCGCUAUGCAGUUUCAGAGUCAAUGCACCUCACUCGGCCAAUGAUGGCAACGAGUCCAGAAAUAGAGUGUCCAGUUUCUCCAUAUGUUUAUCACACAUCCCCCAAGAAUGUCGAACCGACUGAACUUUCCGUGCCGGGUUACAAUGCUCACACCGAUCAUUUACUGACCGACAAAGAUGAUUGUUUGGAUGAGAUUUCUGCAAGUGGCAUUCCAACCCAUGAGAAUAAAUAUAUCCAGAAGGUGAGCCCCUUUUACUUCUGAUUUCGGCACAACCGUUCACUAACCAUUGGGUUUCCAUUUCCCAGCCAAACUCAUUGGUCAUGGUUGCGUGUCUGAAGGCUGGAGAGGAAGAAGCCAUUGAAGGUAUCACUCCCUAUAUUGCAUCUGAGGACGAUAUAGUUAUGUGGUCUUUUUAUUUGCAAACGGUGCAGAAAAUGUGAAUACCAUGUCUGACAAUGAGUCAUCAUUGGAAUCUGCAAGCAUCCCUGAAGCCCGUGGCACCAAACGGAAUGACCGUCAUGGUUUGGAGGUGGAUUGUCUGAUUGAGCCAAGCGAGAUCUGUUCUGCAGAUGAACUGCAUUCUAAACGGCUGAAAAGCACUGUAGCUUCAAGGAGCAAUGCUCGUGGAAAUUCCCUGCAGCCUACUUGCCGAAUGUCACUUGAUGAAUGGCUUGGAUCGGGAUCUCGCCCGGACAUGAAGGAAGCCAUGGAGGGCCGGCACAUAGAGCUGCAAACAGUGCAUCUUGCCUUGAAGGCAGAAGGCGAUCAGGAGCAGCUCACUGGUGCUCCCGUGUCCUCGACUGCCUGUUCUGCGUCUCCCGGUCAAAUUGUACAUCAGCUUCAAGUCGAGAGCAGCAACGAGAGCCCAUCUCGGAACGUGGUACCCAUGACCUUGGAUGGUGUUGAUGACAAAGAAAUAUGCGCAGAAGCUGUUGAGCUGUCACCAAUCCCACGUAUGGAUGAGUCAACAGCCCCCCUUGAAUUGCCAUGUUGUGAAGCAGCGACUACACAAGAGCCAGUGGAAGAUGAAUAUGCGACAGAGGAUCCUGCUCAAGUGAGCAUGCAGCAACCAUCGCAAACGCUUUUCCCAAGUGAAGCUUCUGGUAGCCGUCUUUCAGAAAUUCUUCCUCCAGAACCACAUGAGAAGACCAUAACAGGGACAGCCUCAACGCUCACACAACAGAUUGUGACCAAAGGUAGCGAUGGGAGUUCCACGGCUGCUAUUGGAAACGAGGCGGGUGGAUUUCAGAAGCAGCCAGGCGUCGGGGUAUCAGGUUGUGGCAAACGCCAGUCUGGUGCUACUGGUGGUAGUUCUGCAGUCAAGGGAGCCCAGAAAAGGAAGGGCAAAGGACCUCGAGUCUGUCGGAGGGCUGAAAAUAACACACUUGCUGGAGUGAAAGCGUGUGGAUGCAGCAUUAUGUAGAUUCAGAUACCGUACCAUAUGCUGCAGCAUUCAUUAGACUUUCGCUGCUGUAUUGCCGUUGUGGGGGGUCACAAUACCCAAUACAUGUACUGCUUAUAACUUUAUCUAUCAA